ACAAAUUCCCAAAUUCAAUUUGUGCAUAAAAAUUCAGCGGGAAGAUUGACGUUUCCGAUACAUUUCCCGCACUCAAGACUCACCGAGAAUUCACAUCUAUACUUACAUAUACGUACAUCUCAUCUUCACUCAAAUUUCAGAUUACCAGUAUUACAUAUUUAAAUUGCUUUAGUGUUUUGAUUUAUUACUGGGGUUUAUCAAUCACAAGUUCACAACAGUAUUCAAAUGGGCAACAAAGUUACCGACGAAUUAUUACCCAUGAUUAGGUCAAUUGUUGGCCAGGAUUACUCCGACAUGGACAUCAUUCGAGCUCUUCAUAUGUCAAACAAUGAUUGUACUGCUGCAAUUAACAUCAUUUUAGACACACCCAAGUUGAGAAAACCUGAAAUUACGGCUCGUAAAUCCAAGGCAUUUGAUCAAACAUGUGGUGGGCAUUUGAAGGAAGAGGGGAAUUGUGUGGUGAAAGAGAGUGCACUGGUGUCGAAUGGUGGGAGUAAAGGUGUGGAGGUGAUGAGUAAGUGUUCGAGUUCGAUGAGUAGUGAUGAGUGGUGGUUUGUGGGGUGUAGUGAUGUUUCGGGCUUGUCUACGUGUAAAGGGAGGACCUUGAAAUGCGGGGAGGAAGUGAAUUUCACCUUUGCUCCAGAGAGGAAGGGGAGUUUGGUUACGCCAAGAAAGUUUGGCGGGGGAAGAGGGCGUGGGGGUAAUGCUUCGUCGGAAAUUGUGAGGUUUUCUAGUAAAGCUUGUGGGGAGAUUGGUCGCAUUCCGAAUGAGUGGGCUAGAUGUCUUUUGCCACUGGUCAGAGAUAAGAAGAUACGGAUAGAGGGUUCUUGCAAAUCUGCACCUGCCGUGAUGAGCUUAAUGGAUACUGUUAUCCUGUCUGUAAGUGUAUACAUAAAUAGUUCCAUGUUUCACCAAAGCCACCAAACUUCACUCAAGGCAACAGGGAGUGCGACUGACGACUCAGUUAUCCACCCUUUACCAACUUUGCUCAGAUUACUAGGAUUAACUCCCUUUAAGAAGGCGGAAUUUACUCCAGGUGAUUUGUGUACUAAGAGCGAUCCUCUGCACUCAAAGGAAAAGUCUGACAUUCCUGCCACACUCUUGCAUCUCAAUAAGUUUAAGAACCCAUCUCCUGAUGGAGAGACAGUUGAAAAUGAGGAGUCUAUUUCAGAUGCAGAUCUGGAUAAUAUUGUCGGGGUCGGUGACAGCUCUGAAUUGGAGGAAAUGGAUCCUCCUAGUACCCUUCAAUGCGAACUUCGGCCGUAUCAGAAGCAGGCUCUUUAUUGGAUGCUUCAGCUAGAGAAGGGACAAUAUCUGGACGAUGCAGCAACAACACUUCAUCCAUGUUGGGAUGCAUAUUGGCUUGCAGACAAGAGGGAUUUGAUUGUCUACGUGAAUUCCUUUUCCGGCGAUGCUACAGUAGAAUUGCCGAGCACCCUUCAGAUGGCUAGAGGAGGAAUUUUGGCAGAUGCUAUGGGGCUUGGUAAGACCAUCAUGACAAUAUCCCUUCUUCUUGCUCACUCAGAAAAAGGUGGACGACUGGGUAAUGAGUCCACAAGUCGUUCCUUAACUGAUAAUAUCGAAGCCGAUCGAUCUCCACCAGUUAAGAGAGCAAAGAAGUUUCCUGGAUUUGAUAAGCUUGGGAACAAACAGUCGGCUCUCAUAGGUGGAGGAAAUCUCAUUGUAUGUCCUAUGACUCUUCUGGGACAAUGGAAGGGAGAAAUUGAAAGUCACUCACAACCUGGGUCUGUGUCUAUAUAUCUUCAUUAUGGACAGACUAGAUCAAAGGAUGCAAAGCUUUUGGCACGGAAUGAUGUUGUACUUACUACUUAUGGAGUAUUAGCAUCAGAGUUUACAGCAGAGAAUGCUGAAGAUAAUGGGGGACUUUACUCGGUGAGAUGGUUUAGAGUUGUGCUUGAUGAAGCUCAUACUAUUAAAAAUUCUAAGAGCCAAAUUUCUACUGCUGCAGCUGCCCUUAUUGCUGAUCGUCGUUGGUGUCUUACCGGUACUCCAAUACAGAACAACUUAGAGGAUAUCUACAGUCUUCUUCGCUUUUUGAGAGUCGAACCUUGGGGAAGCUGGGCCUGGUGGAAUAAGCUUGUUCAGAAACCUUUUGAAGGAGGUGAUGAAAGAGGGUUAAAAUUGGUCCAAUCUAUCUUACGCCCAAUUAUGUUGAGAAGAACAAAAUUUAGCACUGACCGAGAAGGCAGGCCAAUUUUAAUCCUUCCGCCGGCAGAUAUGAAGGUUAUCUAUUGUGAAUUAACAGAAGCUGAAAAGGACUUCUACGAAGCUUUGUUCAAACGGUCAAAGGUGAAGUUUGAUCAAUUUGUUGAGCAAGGGCGGGUUCUUCAUAACUAUGCUUCAAUUUUGGAGCUACUCUUGCGUCUACGUCAAUGCUGCGACCAUCCAUUUCUUGUAAUGAGCCGAGGUGAUACUCAAGAAUAUUCUGACCUGAAUAAGCUUGCGAAACGCUUCCUUAAGGGUGGUUCAAGCCUGAUGGAAGGGGAAGCAAAAGACAUGCCUUCACGGGCUUAUGUUCAGGAAGUUGUAGAAGAGAUACGCAAGGGGGAAGAGGGAGAAUGUCCUAUAUGCCUUGAAGUUUUUGAGGAUGCAGUGUUGACACCCUGUGCUCAUCGUUUAUGCCGAGAAUGUUUGUUGGCGAGUUGGCAAUCUCAUACAUCUGGUCUUUGUCCUGUUUGUAGAAAGACUGUCAGCAAGCAUGAUCUUAUAACGGCACCAACUACGAGCCGGUUCCAGAUUGAUAUUGAGAAAAAUUGGGUGGAGUCUUCGAAAGUUUCUAUUCUGUUAAGUGAACUAGAAAAUCUCCGCUCAUCAGGCUCUAAAAGCAUUAUUUUCAGUCAGUGGACAGCCUUUCUAGAUCUUUUGCAGAUUCCUCUUUCUCGGAGCAAAUUUGCAUUUCUUCGUUUGGAUGGGACGCUUAACCAGCAUCAGCGAGAGAAAGUCUUGAAGCAGUUUUCAGAAGAUAGCAAUAUUCUGGUGCUUCUUAUGUCAUUGAAGGCUGGCGGAGUUGGAAUAAACCUGACAGCAGCAUCUAAUGCAUUUGUCAUGGAUCCAUGGUGGAAUCCAGCCGUGGAAGAACAAGCUGUGAUGCGAAUUCAUCGGAUUGGACAAACAAAUAGUGUUAAUAUCAGACGAUUCAUAGUUAAGGGAACAGUUGAGGAAAGAAUGGAAGCAGUGCAAGCGCGUAAGCAGCGAAUGAUAUCCGGAGCCUUAACUGAUCAGGAAGUUCGAUCUGCACGCUUAGAAGAGCUCAAAAUGCUUUUCACUUAGACCAGCAAGAUGGUAACUAUUAUUCCACUUGAGGCACAAAGCAACUGGUUCCAGCUUUUACUAUUGUUUGGUUCAUUGCUAUGAGACUCCAAAACAGUGACAUGACCGCCAACAAGUUAUCUAGACACAACCAAUCGAUCUCAGUGACAUCAUUCACUCUUAUCGAGUAACCCAAGCAUAUGAAGUUGAAGGGUUGGUAAAAGUUGCACAUAGAAGCCAUCUUCCUUUUCUGAUAACCAAAUAUUUGGAGGAGUGAAGUCGCAAGUGUAUCAAUAUCAAAACAAAGCCUACAUGAAGGUCAGUUCUGGCACAAUACCAAUUUAUUCGCAAGGGAUUUGGUUUUCACCUUUAUAAGGAUGGGAAGCCAUGUCUAUAAUUUUGUAUUCAAACUGUAAUAUUUAUGUACAGACUAAAGAAUUUUCUUUAUCAAUACAAAUAGCACAACUAUGCUUCAUAUCAAGAAGUUCGAGUUUAGGAUAUUAUAUUUUCAUAGAAGACAUAAAUGUAAAUGAUUUAAUAUUUCAGCUACCAAAUGAUGCUGACAUGAUUUUUAAUGUCACCGUCAACACGAAUUGUAUUA